AUGAAGGAGGAUGAGGUGGGCAACGGCCACGGCAGCAGCCCCCAUUGGGCGAGCAGCCGAAGGGCCGCACGCCACCUCCACGCCAGAGCAGCAACAGCCACGGCAGCAGCCUUGGGCUGGGCAGCCGAAAGGCCUCAACUUCCGCACGCCAGCGCUGCCCAACCACAGCUGAGUAGACUAGGCUGUCCUUGCAGCCCUACACAGCAGCAGCGCCCCCUCAACUUCCACGCCAGCGCUGCCCAACCAGCCAAGACCACGCCAGCUGCAGCUCCUCCCAUUGGGCAGCAGCCGAAGAGCCACACUCCACCUCCUGCACAGCACGGCAGCAACAGCAGCAGCAGAGCAGCAGCAGCUCCUCCCAUUGGGCGAGCAGCUGAAACGCCUCCCCUACUCCACGCAUGGCAGGGCUAA